AUGCGCCGUUUCAUCGACCUCUCGCCCGCCUUCGUGGAGACUUUCAAGGUCGUCAGUUCGUUGUCUCAGCCAAUGACUGACCUUGUAAACCGCUUCCGGACACAGAUUAAAGCCACCUUAGACGCCUUCUUACAGCAACUUCAGCCUGGAACGGGAUCCUCCCAGGUCCCUCCUGAUGCCACAGUUCACGAGCUGGCCUCUAACGUGCUGUUGUUCUUGGAGAAGCUGAUCGAUUAUGAGAUUAUGGUUGGAAUGGCGUUGACGUGGGAGGAGGCCAGAGUCACACCAGAGGCUACCUUUCCCUACCUUGUCACGGUCAAUUCAAAGCCCAAAAUGGCUCGGUCAGCGUUUGGACAGUACAUAUUUCGUAUCAUCACUUCACUAGUCGCUAAUAUUGACAAGAAAUCUGAGGUCUACUCGGACGAUCUUUCUCGUAUAGUCUUCCAGAUGAACAAUUUGCGCUAUAUUCUUACUGACCUUAAGAGCUUGAUUGCAGAUGUUCUCUCCCUUGAUAGGACUGGCUUGCAAAGUAUCCUCAAUGAAUACGACAGUAGUGCGGUGGAUAAGUUCACACGAAUCCUGAAUGAAAGUAAACAGGUCUAUACAAGAGCCCUUUCAGAUGCAGUAUGCCUCACAGUACCGACUAAAGAGGGCAGCAACGGCACCGGUGGUGGUGGUUUGCGCCGUUUUUUGGUGGGAGGGCACUUUGCUAAGCCGCGGGUCUCCCUUCUCUCUAACUCUUGCCUUAAUGACGAAGUCAUGGGAUCACAGGCCUCUCUUACGACCUUGCCCUCGACCAAGGUGUGCAUGCGGCAUGUGUCUAGGCCCGCGUCAUUUUUUGAAUAUUAG